GUCUCAUUAGAUAUACGAUACAAUGAAGACGAUAUUUAUCAACUCUCACUGAAACGUGAACCAAGAACACUGUUGAAUUUCCAAGGCACCGCCAAAUCGGUGGUGUUCGCUGACUGGGCUUCAGGCGUAAGCUCAGCGUUGGACUCGGAAACGGUGAAUAAGCACGUGUCGGCGAUGGUCGAUGCGGUUUUCAAGCACUACGAUCAUGACAAAGACGGAUGCAUAUCGCGACUGGAAUUCCAGCAAAUUGUCGGCAAUUUCCCGUUUAUCGACUCGUUCGGAUCAAUCGAUAGCGAUCGGUAUAUUGAUCAAAUUACCAUCCAAUCACUCAAAUUGCCCUCCCCUACAAUACGCUUAUGA